AAUUUUCAUUUUUGUUUUUAGAUGAAGAUGCAGUUUUGAUGUGCCUUCUUCUUUGCCACAACUAUAAAUUAAAUCUUGAAGAAACACAAUGGAUGGAGAAAUAUAAUGCCGUGGCUAAAGCUUUUGGAUUAAAGAAGAUUAAGAAGAAUUUUGAACCUGGCAAAAUAAAAAAGUACAAAUCAAUACUUAAGCAAGACAGCUCCAAUCUCGAAUUUUCCUGUGAUUUUUUCAGAGACUACAGUUUUCUUAUAUUUGCAAAGCAACAAAAAUUUUUGGAUCUGUUUCUAAAUUUGGCAGAUAAAGAAAACGUUGCAAAGUAUUGUAGAUCAUCAAAUUACGUGAGAAGAGAGGAUGAGGAAGAAGUUUGUUGGUUAUCGCAAAAUCAAGCAGAACAGCUGAUAGAAAGACUUGGGGAAGACAUAUUUACACAUGCAACAAUGAAGGAUCAAUCAAUACAUGAAUUAGUGUUUAGCAAGAUGGGUAUUCCAGUACAAGUUAUAAUGAGAGGAGAUGACUCGGUGAAAAAUUUUCUGGAGAAUCUCAAGAGGGGAAAAACCACCAUGCACCAUGCCACUGGGAUGUUGAUAGGAUGUGGAGGUAGUGGGAAGUCAACACUGCUAGAGAGAUUAAAGGACAUAAAUCUUGAGGAAAUUCGGAAAAAUACAAAAUCUACCAGAGGAAUAGAUAUCCAAACUGACGUUUUUGAUGUGUCAAACACAAUCAAAGUUAAUUCAUCCAGCCAAAAUCAACGAUUUAAGGUUAGAAUUGAUGAAAAAAGUCAACAUCACCAUGUUCUUGAAUCCCCAGUGGAGAAAUUUGAUGAAGUGAAAGCUCUGGAUAUCAAUGAUAUCCAUGAUCCAGGGGAUUUGAAAGAAGACACUGCUAGCGAGGCCGCUUACGAUGAAGACUCGUCACAGGAUAGCAUAGACACAGAACCCGAGUCACUUAAAGGAAACGAAGCCGCUGCUCCAGUACCGGUAACAAGAGAAAAAUCAGUUGAAGGAAAUACAAAUAUUGCUAAACACUCGGAAAGUUUAGGAGUUUUAAGAGUUGUCCAAAAUGGUUCGGAUGAACCAGAGAAAAAAAUAUCUAUGGUCGACUUUGCGGGGCAGUGUUCAUAUUAUUCCUCACACCAGCUUUUUCUGAGUCCACGAGCAUUCUUCAUUUUGGUGUUCAAUAUGGAGAAACAAUUUGAUGAAAUGGUUGGAGAAGAAGUGUGUAGUCAGAAACGCUCCAUUUAUAAGGAAUGGACACAUAGAGAUUAUGUAUCUUUCUGGGCAAAGAAUAUUCAUCAAUACAGCAGUGAAAAGGCUCCAAUUCUACUGGUUGGUACUCAUGCUGAAAAAAUGACAGAAGAGGAAAAAGUGGAAUUUUUCCGUGAAAUAUGGAAAACUUUGGAAACAAAAGACAAGUCUCUGCAAGGGCAUCUUGACAAAAAUAGGGCGUUUGCAAUAGGAUUUCAUGAAAAUGAAAGCAUCGAAAAAAUAAAGGAGUCAAUUGUGGAUGUUGUUCAGAAACUUGAUCACUGGGGUGAAAAGCUUCCGCGCUCAUGGGCUAUGUUUGAAAACUUCUUCCAAGAAAAGAAAUACCUUAAAAUAAUCAACAUAAGGACACUUAUGGCUUUCAAUGAAGCAUUACCAUCGGAUAUAAAACUGGGGAGCGUUGAAGAUAUCAACAUCAUGCUGCUGUAUUUCCAUGAUAUCAGAGACAUUUUGUAUUUCAACCAGAAUGUUCUCAAGGAAGUAAUCAUCCUUGAUAUUCAAUGGUUUGCAGAUGCGUUCAAAAAUGUAAUCACGGAUAAAAAUCACGCAAAGGAGGAUUUACUCGAGUUUUCAUCUGAGUGGGACCAAUUCGAUGACACGGGAGAACUGAGUGACACUUUGCUGUCCAGGAUUUGGAAAAUGAACGAUAACGAAUACAUUGAACACAAAGAUGAGAUCAUGCUGUACAUGGAGAAGCUGGGGCUAUUGGUUAAAAUGGAUGACAAAAACUGGUAUGUUCCCUGUAUGAACAAAAAGACAUAUCCUGGAAACUCGUUCUCAUCAAACCCUUCCUCAUCCAUCCUCUGCUUCACAUUUGAUGUUCUUCCUGCGGGCAUUUUCCAUCGCCUUGUAGCAAGUUGCAUGCAAAUUCCUUGGAGCAUUGUCAAAGAAAAAAAGGAAGGAAAAGAACAACCUUGCAUUUACCAGACAGCGGCUGUAUUUCUUAUAGGGGACCACAACGUUCUCCUUGGAAUGACCCCAACAGAAAUUCAGUUGCAGGUGUCUGUUCUUGAUGGAGAAAUUGAUACAUUGACGUGUUUCGAAAUAAAAGAGAAAAUUGAGAAUGAAUUGCACAUUCUUUCUUGUACAUUCCAAAGAAACUUGAAAUUCCAUGUUGCUUUCAAAUGUAAACGUGUCGGAUUUUGUGAUAAUGAAAGAAGUCACGUUAUCAGAGAAACUGAGCUAACAGAGCCAACACUCCAGUGUCCGUACUGCAAUCUAGAGAACAAGCAUGUUAUUAUCACAAAAGAAAUCACCAAAUACUGGAAACAGGUAAAACAAAAUUAUACAUUUGAAAGAAGUGUUAGAGGAAAAUGGGGAAAAGAGCCUGCAGCAGGAGAAGUUACAGUUGGUGAUGAUAUUGAGAGAAUCAGGUCAAUCCGAAACAGCUUGACUGCACAUGUGAGCUCCGCGUCAACCCCUCAAACAGAUUUCGAUGACACCUGGUCGACAAUGUCGGAUAUCUGCCAGAGAUUGGAAACGUUCACUGGAAAGACAUACUUGGUGGACCUAAAUAAAAUCCAAAAAAUGGCCUUGAGAGAGAAAGAUGAAGACGAUAUCAUAUUCAAAAUUAAAGUCGAAAGUCAGCAUGAAAUGGUGAAAGAAAUGUUGUCAGAUAUGAGAGAUAUUAGAGCAGCAGUAGGGAGGCUUGAAAGCAAGCAUGUUUUCUCUUGA